UUUGAAUGUCCGUUUCGCACGUUUCUCCCUCCAACCUCGCCGGAGAUCCCGCUGGGUUCCCUUUCUUCGGCUGCCGCUACCAUGCCUUCCGGCCAGCGCCUGUCGUCCUGUCCAGCCGGCGUCUCCGUUCAAGGAUUCAGUUGAACGAAAAGAAAUAGCGUGAUGGACAAAGAGGAUGAUCAAAGGCCACCCAGGCCUUCUGCACCAAUUCCACCAACCCAGGUAUAAGACAUUAAUGUCUUUCAUAAAGAAGAAGGUGUCUCGAUUCGAUUUGAAUUACUUAAUGUAUUUUUAUUUGUGUAAUGUAGGGAUAUUAUGAUCCAGGAAAUGCCUACUACCCACCAUUUAUGAUGCAUCCAAAUACAUAUCCAAAUUCAUAUACAUACGCAUGGGGUAGCCAGCCCCCACCAAUGCCACCUUUUCCGAGAACGUUAAUCUACCCUCCGUCGACUAAUGCAGAGGGUUCGGGUCGUCUUCAACAAACGACCCAGCCCCCACCAAUGCCACCUCUGCCGACAGUACAACUCAUCUACCCUCCCUCGACUAAUGCGGAAGAGUCAGGCCAUGUUCAGCAACCUAACCAGCCCCCUCCAAUGGCACCUUUUCCGACAACGUUCUUCUACCCUUCCGUGACACAUGCGACGGAGUCGGUCCAUGUCCAACAAACGAACCAGGUGAAUUAACAAUACGUAUAAUAUUUUGUAGUUAAAGGUUGUUAUGCAUUCUAACUUGGUGCUUGUUUUGCAGCCUCCUGCAAUGCCACCCUUUCCGACAACCUUCAUCUACCCUCCAUCAACUAAUACGGAGGAGUCCGGUCAUGUUCAAGAAAAUGACCAGGUAACUACAUUCUAACUUGGUGUAUUUUUCUGAUUUAGUGGAUAGUUACCCGUAAUGUAUUAGUUCAUUUACCUGAUUACAGCUCCAACCGUCACGCCCUUCAUCAAGUGUCGGAGACACGUUGAGAAGCUUAGAUA